AUGAGCCGCUACCCGCCGUUGACACAGGAGCAAGACUCUAGGGUAACGAAGCUGGUCGAUCUCCUGCAGGAGACGUAUCUCCCUCUCCCACCUCAGCUGCAGGAGCUGCAGCGGCUGACUCCCCUCGCAGAGGAGCAAAAGGCGUCCACCUCGCACAACCCAGUCCGCCAGUACUGCUACUGCUUCCUCAUUUCACGCGAGUGGGACCUGCAAAAGGCCUUUGAAAUGAUGCAACUGACGGUCCGCUACCGGGCGGAGCACCGCCUGGAUGGGCAGCGCGUAUUCCCCUGCGCGAUCUCUUGUAAAGGCUGGGAUCAGGAAGCCAUUCGAAAAGCACUGGCGAAGGGAGAGGGAACGGAAGAAAGUCUGCAGCCUCGGCCGACGGAUCAGCGGCUUGACCGACUCUGCGCCGGCAUCGCGCCUUUCUUCUCCUACGGCUUUCACAAGUGGGACAAGUUCGGUCAGCCGGUGCUGUACAUGAUGAUUGGCACGGUGGAUGAGCCGGGCCUGCUCGAAUCGCUGCGGCACAUGGCGAACGUCGGCCAAUCCGCCGAGGCCGUCCUGUGGGAAGUCGUACUUCACAUUCUCGCUGUCGGAGAGUCGCUGCAGAUGUACCAGCAGCUGCAGUACAGCGCGGGUGCGUUGAAGGUGGACGCGGCGGACGGACUCAUCCGCUCUGCCACUAUCGUGAUCGAUCUCAAAGGCUUGACCUACAAGAUGCUGUGGAAGCCGGCGCUCGACCUCUUCAUGAACACGCUGAGAGAAAUCUUCAAGUACUACCCGCAGUGUAUGUAUCAAAUCUUAAUUGUGAACUCACCGGCGAUGGUGAUGUUUGCUUACAAGAUCGUUCGUGGUGUGCUGCCGCCUGGGGUACAGCAGAAGGUGCACAUCGCGAAUGAGGCCGACACGCCGGAGGCACUGAAGAAAUGGCUGGACGAGGACUGUUUGCCGGACUUCUACGGCGGGACGUGCCACUGCGACGGCGGCUGCAUUCACGGCUUCGACCCGACAAAGAAGGAAAAGACAGUAACCGCGACGGAGACGACAGACUCCGCGUCUACCGCUGCCCACGAUGAAGAUGAGCGGAAUGGUACCGUACGACCGGAGUUUGUCGAGACGGAGGAUAUCACCCUGAAGGCCGGCUAUCACCACAAGCGUGUCUUUCCGCUGAAAAACAGGGAAAAGGCGGUGUGGGAAUUCGUCUCAUCCAACGCGCGCAACGUGACGUUCGCCAAGUACUUUGUGCCGGAAGCCAACGCAAAGGAGGUGAACUGGGCGAAGGCGCAGACAAGCAAGCUGGAGCCCUUCCUCGUCUCCAAGGCUAGCCUGUCAGAGGGCUCAGAUGAGUACACGGCUGCCGCGGACGGCGUAAUAGUGCUCGUGUGGGACAACCGGCAGUCGUGGUUCACGGCGAAGCAUCUGCAGAUGAAGGUCUUCAAGAACGAUAACUGA